AUGCAACAACACUGUGAACCCAGUGAUCCUAAUCAACAACUACUUAAACAACAUCAUCAGCUUCAGCAACUACAACAUUUAAAUGUUACUGCUGCCGCUACACGUUAUGCACAAACAAGAUUACCAUUUCCUCCAUAUAUUAUUCGUUUUAAAUCUGGAUAUGUCAAAGAAAAACAAGCUGCUGAAGAAAUAGUAACUCACUUUAAAAGCAAUUUCCAGUUAGAUAUACUAUUCAUGAAUUAUCGUAUAUCAACAACGAAAUGUACUGCCGGUGAAUACAAUAUAUUAUUAUUUGCCAAAAAUAUGGAUUCGUUUACCAGUCUAUUGGAUCAAAAUAGAUGGCCAUCCAAAAUCGGUAAUACUAGUUACUCAUUUCCAUCAUCAUUACCUUCUAUACCACCGCAACUAUCCUUAAUCAUCAAAAAUGUGGAUUUACGUACAAGUUUGAAGGAAUUUACUGAUGAUAUCAAAGAGCUGUAUCCGGAUAUUAGAAACAUUAUUAGAUUAAAAAAUAAAUUUCAACAAGAUAUUAGAAUGGUCAAAGUUGAACUAGGUUCAAUCCAAACAAGAAAUAAUAUUUUAAAAGGCGGGAAAAUUUGUAUUAAUUACAGAACUUAUGAUGUUGAUGAAUAUAUAGGCACUGCUAGUGUUCUCAUUUGCAGCAAAUGCUGUGGCAUUGGUCACUUUAAAAGCCGAUGUUCGCAAUCUAAUGAAACAUGUAGGAAUUGUGGCAAUUCAUAUCCAGAUUUAAAACUACACAAAUGUACAAAUGAACCAUGUUGCAUUCAUUGCAAUGGUAAACAUGCUUCAAAUAACAACAGCUGUCCGGUGAUCAAACAAUUCCGGUCAGACCUCACGAAGAAACUUCUGACCACGAACCAUGGUACAUUAACAUCAUCAACAUCGGUUAACAAACCGUCCAAUUGUGAUCUGGUGAAUUUUCCUCAAUUAAAUCCAGCUCUUAACUCGUCUAUCCCUGGAUCCAACAGUAAUUUGAACACAAAAUUAGAUCAACUUAUUCUUAAUAUGGCUCAAUUAAAUGAAAAUAUGAUUAAAAUUACAGAAUGGAACAGUAAAUUCGAAAAAUUUAUGAAUGAUAAAACUAUUGGGGAUCAAAUAGUACAACAAGAUAUUAAUCGUAUAAUGAACAACACCAAAAACAUGGAAACGAAUUUAGUGCAACACGAUCUGAAACUGAAACGACACGAAAAUAUAUUCGUCAAAUUGCUUAUUCCGUUUCUACAGGAUAUAUCACAAUUUAUCAUUUCAUUAAACAAGGAUCGACAAGGUCGAAUAUUAGAUCCUGAUCUUAAACUUAAAUUCGAAAUACAUUAUGCACAAUUAAAAAAAACGGUAAUAGAUAAUAACUAA